CAGCUCGCGUGCAGCGCCAUGUGCGAGAUGCUGCUGCUCAACUUCGGCACGACCAACGCCGACCGCCUGGGCUUCGCGCUCAUCAGCUUCCUCAACACCGUCUCCAGCUGCGGCCUCGUCGUGUGGCUGCUGCUCGUCACCUACGUCUUCUCGGAGCACUCCUGCCGCCUCGUGCGAGCCUCCCUGUUCGAGCCGCUGUUCAACGCCGUGGCGGCGCUGCUGUACCUCGGCGCGUCGUCGUGGGUGGCGAUGCGCGUCGUCCGCAUCCUGCUGCCGCUCUACCAGACGACGGUGUUCUUCGAGUCCUAUCCGGCCAUGACCUCUGCAUAUACAUUCGGAUUGCUUCUCGGAACGCUGCAUGGUGUCGAUGCCUUUAUGACCUUUCGACAUUAUCGAUCGUCCACCUGUCGCUGAAGAAUUACGCAGCCUACACUACACCUGUCUCCUUUAACUCGAGAUUGGAAAAGUACAUUAGUCGAUCGACGAAAUUUUUACAUUCAAUUAAUGUCUUGGGUUGGCGAAUGUUCUCUUACGUUGGAGUAAAUAUACUUUUACUUUAUGUAUGUUUUCUCCUAAAAUAAUUAACUGAAUUAAAAGUAAUUAGGUAACUGAAUAAAACACGAUCAAAAAGGGCAGAAAGAACAAUUUCCUUUGUUAAAAUUGUAUUUCCAAUAGUUUGCAGUUUUAAUCAUGACGAUUUUGUAUUUCAAAUACGGUAUCCAUUAAAAAUAGUCGUGAAUCCAAUACAACUCUUCCACAAUUACUACGAAUGCUCAAGAAGUUGCAACAAUUUUGAAGAUGUCUCAUUUCCUAUUUCAUAAGUUUCUUUGUGAAUAUAGUACAGAAUAAGUAGGAAUAUAUGCUUAUUUUGAGACUAAUAUGUUAGUGAAUGCGUUAAGAAUGAACGGUUAGCUAUAUAAACAAAAUCGCUGGUUAACUACUGGCCAUCUAUUCACUGCUGCAUAGAGUUCAGAGUUCCUAUAAAACAUUCAGAAUAGAUUUAAGAUAGUAGCUAUGAGUCAAGUGUUGAAUUGUAACAUACUCAUAUUUUCGAAUAACAAACUGUACACGUUGAUGUCUCGACCAAUGAAUUUGUUUGAUACGAAUUUUAAAUACGGCUUAAUUGUGUAAUACAUAAUAAUGUAUCUACCUCUGUUUUGUACAUUUUUAAUAAAUGUUGUUUCUUAUU